GAUAUAACAAAGGAUUCACAAAACACUACAAGACGAUCAGGAGAUGGCAUUGGCUGUAUUGCAAUUUUGCGUUUGACAGCCGUGAAGCACAUGUGACCUGCUCGUCUUCCUCUCCACCGUGUGUCAACUGGCUUGGUGGUUCCGGAAGGGAGAUGAGAUGGCGCCUCACUGUCUCUUCCUCUUCCUUCUCUUCUUCCUGUUCAUCUCCGCUGCCGUCAUGAACGCCGACGAAGCAGCCAUGGAGGGUAUCAGCACCGACGCCGUGGAGGUCGACCCUAGCUUCCAGUUCGAAAACGCCCGGCUACGCGACGCCUACGUUGCCCUCCAGACGUGGAAGCGCACAGCCAUCUUCUCCGACCCCAACAACUUCACUUCCAACUGGGUCGGCCCCCACGUCUGCUCCUACUUUGGUGUCUUCUGCACCGCUUCCCCUGUCGACCCCUACCUCAAUGUCGUCGCCGGCAUCGAUCUUAACCACGGUGAUAUCGCCGGCUACCUCCCCAAGGAGCUCGGCCUCCUCGCUGAACUCGCUCUUUUCCACCUCAACUCCAACCGAUUUUGCGGCACAGUUCCCCCCACCUUUCGUCACCUCCGCUACCUCUAUGAGCUUGAUCUGAGCAACAACCGUUUCGUCGGAGCAUUCCCCGACGUCGUUCUGCACCUCCCGGAGCUUCGCUUCCUCGAUCUACGCUUCAACGACUUCGAGGGUGCCAUCCCGCCGGAUCUAUUCGAGCGGCCCCUCGACGCUAUCUUCCUCAACUCCAACCGCCUCCGUCACGGCAUCCCUUCCACCGUCGGUUCCUCGCCUGUUUCCGUUCUCGUCCUCGCCAAUAACGACCUUGGCGGCUGCAUUCCCUCCUCCAUAGGAGGCAUGGCCGCCACGCUUAACCAGAUCAUUCUCCUCAACGACAACCUCACUGGCUGCAUCCCGUCUGAGGUCGGCCUGCUCAGCCACGUGACCGUGUUCGACGUCAGCUUCAACCGUCUCCAGGGCAAGCUUCCAGACUCCAUCGCAGGUUUGCAAAGCGUCGAACAGCUCGACGUCGCGCACAACCUCCUCACCGGUCAGAUCCCGCCCGGCAUUUGCGAUCUACCAAGACUGCAGAAUUUUACUUACUCCUACAACUUCUUCUUCGGCCAACCGCCGUCCUGCGUAAGUGGAGGCCCGGCAAGGGCGUUCGACGGAAGGUCCAACUGCAUCCCUGGCUUGCCGGACCAGCGGCCACCUAACCAGUGCGCCUACGCGGCGACACACCCAAUCGAUUGCAGCAAGUCGGUGUGCUGGAGCGGUGCGACUCCAUUCCCCUCUUACAAUCCUCCUACAACGCCUCCGUCGGCGCCUUCCUACAAGCCUCCCUCCACGAUGCCCCCGUCGUCGCCCUCGCACAAUCCCCCCUCCACAACGCCGCCAUCAUUUCCGUACCCUAAGCCUCCUUACACGAUCCCGCCGCCGAAGCCUGCUACGAAUCGGCCUGUGUUAACCCCGCCGACUCCUCAUGGGGAAAGGACCGGAGGUUCUCGUGGGCAACCUCAAUUUCCUCCGCCGCCACAAUACGAAUCAUCGCCUUCCACUAGAUCUCACCCUCCACCGCCAUCGUACUCGCUGAAUCAUUCGCCUCCGCCGUUCUCCCCGGGCUACCAUCCUACCCCACCACAUUCUCCUACCUACAGCUACGGCCCAGCUCCACACCAACCCCCAUUGCUGCCCAAAUUUGCCUCACCACCGACACAGUACCCUCCUACACCUCUUCCAUUUCAACCUCCAGUCGCCAUACCUACACCGCUCCCUCAUUAUCCCUCACCUCCUUUGCUUCCGUCGCCACCUCUACAUCCUUCUCCGAUGCAACAGCCGUGGAAGCCACCUUUUCCCGCACCCAAAUCCUCGCCGCCGCCUUCGUCAGUUUAUGCUCCUCCCUCCGAGCAUUAUCCUUCGUCGCCUCCGCCAUUGUUUGAGUACCAUCCACCCCCUUCGGAGCACCAUACGUCUUCACCACCACCAGCGCCUGGGGUGAAGCACACACCGCCAUCGCAUACUUCACCGGCAGGGCUGCCAACUCCGCCAGCACCUUUCAAAUAUCAUGAGAAGCACCCACCGCCGCCGCUCCAGCUGCCACCAGUAGUAGGUGUGACUUAUGCCUCGCCGCCGCCACCCACAAUUCCAUACUACUGAUGCACCCGCUGCAGGGAUCUGUCUGUCUUCUUUGAUCGUAUCUUUCCAUUUUGUUUUGUUUCUUUCUACGUUAAGUUGUUAAUUGAUCACAUUACGACUAAAUAUUCUUUUUCUUCUCCCGGUAGUUUAA